AUGAUGAAGCCAGACACGAUAGAAAGCAGACUCUUCAUCAACAACGAGUUCGUCCCAGGCAAGCAAGGAAAGACAUUCAAAGUCUGCAACCCCUACAACGACCAAGAGAUAUGCAUCGUCCACGAAGCGGCCAAGGAAGAUGUCGACCUCGCGGUCGAGGCCGCAGAGGCUGCAUUUCCACACUGGAGCAACAUCGCAGCCCAUGAACGCGCGGCCUAUAUGUUCAAAUUUGCGCAGUUUGUGCAGAGAGAGGCGCAGCAGCUUGCUGAGUUGGAUUCCAUGUGCAUGGGAAAGCCCGUUGAACUCCUCAAGAAAAUGGACAUCCCGGCGUGUGUCGGCGUAUUCAAUUACUUUGCUGGCAGCGGCUACCAUAUUCUGGGAGAGUCGAGUCUCAGCUCCCCUAACUUCCUCAAUGUCAGUGUGCGGCAGCCUUACGGCGUGGUCGGCUUGAUUAUCCCAUGGAAUGUCCCGAUGAUCAUGUUCGCCUUCAAAGUCGCGCCGGCGCUGAUCUGCGGUAAUACGGUUGUGCUCAAAUCGUCGGAAAAGGCGCCGCUGAGUUCACUGAAAUUGGCCUCGCUCAUCAAGGAAGCAGGAUUCCCGCCUGGGGUGGUCAACGUGGUCAGUGGAUUCGGCGACCCGACAGGCUCCGCGAUCGGUCUGCACAUGAAGAUCCGCAAAAUCUCGUUCACGGGCUCCGUGGCCACGGGGCGGAAGAUCCUUAAGAUGGCGGCCGACUCGAAUCUAAAGAACGUCUCGCUGGAGCUCGGCGGCAAAUCGCCCGCCAUUAUCUUUGAAGACGCCGAUCUCGAGGACGCGGCUAGGUAUACGCAUUACAGUAUUAAUCACAACAGUGGACAGCAUUGCCAGGCCAAUAGCCGGGUGCUGGUGCAGGAGUCCAUCGUGGACGAGUACAUCGAGAUGGUCAAGAAGUUGAUGGUGAAAGUCACACUGGGCGACCCGGCGGACCCGAGCACGUUUCAGGGCCCGCAAGUCGACCAGAAGCAGUUGGCCCACAUUCAACGGUUGAUCGACCAAGGCAGCAAAGACGGUACAUUGGUGUACGGCGGCAAACGACACGGCACGACGGGGGCGUUCAUCGAGCCUACGAUAUUGAAGAAUGUCCCGCUUGACUCGGCUGCGUAUACGGAGGAGAUCUUUGGGCCAGUGGUGAUUGUGAAUACGUUCAAGGACGAGAAAGGGGUCCUCGCCGAGGCCAACUGCACUGAUUUUGGGCUGUUCUCCUCGGUAUACACGCAAAACUUCGACCGUGCAAUCCGCGUCGCCAAGGCCCUCGAGGCCGGCGCCGUGGGCAUCAACUGCUCGGUGCCCGUGCGCGCGGUCGACAUGCCCAUCGGCGGCUGGAAGCAGUCCGGCAUGGGCAAGGAGCUGUCCCUGCACGGCCUCAACACCUACACCGAGCUCAAGACCAUCUUCAUGAAGUACAAUAGUGACCCGACCUCCAUGGCUGUCGGGAGGUGGCACUCGGGCCAGCGGGUGGAUGUGAAUGGGGAUGGGAGCUCGUAG